UUCAACUUUUACUUUCACUAUGAGUAAACGUCGUUUUGAGUAUUAGCUGGGCAACGAGGUUCACUAGCCAAGGUAAAACAUGGCGGGAUCUGCUAAUAAUCAAGAGAUACGGAAGAGGCUGUCUGAGUACACCCCUGGGUCCACUCGAUAUCUGGUAGGACACGGAUACAGUCGAGUUUGUGUGCAGCUCUUUGGGAUGACAGGACACGGCAAAUCAUCCCUUAUUAACUCCUGUAUGUGCGUCAUAUAUGACAAGGAAUUUGAAAAUAUGGCGAAUGCGGGAAAAUCCAAUAAUCCGAUUACCAUGGAGAGAAGAGAAUUUAAACUGCAAAGAAACGUGUGCAUCUCAGAUAACCGUGGUGUUAAUAAACUAACCAAAGACGAAUAUCAUGAAGUUACAGCUCAACUAUGCAAGCUACGGAGUGCAAGCGAGGUGAAUUGGGAGAAUGGUCUGGAGCAUGCAAUCAAUCGUUUUCUGGAAAGAUUAAACAAUCCUCCAACAGAGAUAAUCGUGCCAGUGCUUGUUUGCAGUGCUACAUGGUUUCUUAACGAUGAGACCGUUGAACAAAUCUUGCCUUUUCUGACAGAGACUAAAGAAAUAACAGGGAUCUUUCCAAUUAUUGUUCUUACUAAAUAUAAAAAUACGGAAAUUCAGGCACAGCAGACGUUAAGGAUUUUUGAGAAUCGUGGAGCUAAUCAUGUAAUUGGCAUCGAAAACUACACAACUACAGAUUCCAGGCGCAAUUUGGAGAAAGACACAAAUAUUCUAAAAUUUGUGGAGAUCUGCCUGCAGGAAGCGGACCGCAUCAUUUUCUUGAAACAGGGUAAAAGCCCCCUCGAAGACUUUCUAAUGCAUGCCGUCAAGCAUAUCAGGGCAAUAUCGGAGAGAGAAAUUGAAAAAAAAGAUAAGGAAAUAGAGGAUUUGGAGAAAAAAAUGAACAAACAGAAAGCCAGUGUGGCAAAAGAAAUGAAAAUAAACGUAAAUUUGAAAAAAGAACUAGCGGAAUUAAAGACAAAGAUGGGAAAACCAUAAUUUCAGAGUUAGAUGUUUAUUGAUAAAUCGUUGAACAACAUCACAUAUUUAAUAAAUGAAAUAUAAUAUCUCACAGAUUUUUAUGAAAACGUGUCAUUUCUUGGAAAGGAAGGAAGACGGUGACGAGGUUUAUUUUGAGUGGAUCAUGGGAGAAGAACAGAAUGUAACGUCAAGAGAGA